GCUCCCGGAGCCGGGAAGUGCGAGAGGGGGCGGAGGCGGCGGCGGGAGGCGGACGUGCCGGGGGAAUCCUACGCUGGACCGGUCCGGUCCGGUUUGGUCCGGUCCGGUUUGGUCUGGUCCGGGGGGAGCAUGGGCCGGGCGGCCGGGCCGCGGCUCCUCACGGCGCUGCUCUGCGUCUCUUUCGCCGGCAGCCUUGGCGAGAGGGAUCCGACGGAAAACUUCCCACAUCUUACCAAUGUGAGUGUUUCAGUGGAACAUCUCUGUACGCUAAUUUGGACGUGGAAUCCUCCAGAAAGGACUGCUGAGUCUUGUAGUCCGCUAUAUUUCAGUUACGUGGACAAAAAAAAUGAAAAGGAAUGCAGUAUAAAUGCUUAUCGUGAAACAACAGUGGCCCUCAAUGAAAAAGUUUGUAUCCAAGUGAGAUCUCAGUGUAACUGUAAUCAAAGUGAGAGUUCCAAUGAAUUGGUAAAAUGCUGCACUCCAACCCCCAGAGGCGAUCCAGAGACGGCAGUGAGGGAUUUGCACUGCAUUUGGCACAGCUUGAAGUCCAUGAACUGCUCUUGGCUGCCUGGAAGGAAAGCACCACCGGACGCAGACUACACACUGCACUACUGGUAUUCUGGCCUGGAAGUAAAUCACCAGUGUACGGACCUCUCUGUGAGAGGAGAGCUCAUUGCUUGCAGCUUCACAUAUUUCCCUAAUCAAAGUGGAGAGGUCCAGAUUAUGGUCAAUGACAGUUCCGGGAAGGUGAGACCCUUCUAUCAGGUGGUCACUGCAACUUCCUUUGUGAAACCUGAUCCCCCACUGAUUACAAACCUCUCAAAAACCAAUGAUUCAGUAUACGUGGAAUGGGUCGAUCCAGUACAUUUUCCCAGAGGUUGCUUAGAAUAUCAAGUAGAGACCAGAGACAGCCUGUCCAGGGAAUGGAAACACCGAAAGGUGGUGAACCCAGAAGAUGUUUGCCAGACUUUGUUGGCUACCCAGGAGCCUCAGGAAGACUCACAGGUUACAAAUUGUUUUAAGCUCUUCACUUUUCAUCCUGGCACUGUACUGACUAUCAGAAUCAGAGCCAAAACCAGAAAUAUUUGCUAUGACUCUGACAUCUGGAGCGAGUGGAGUGAAGAGAAGAGUAUUGGUGAAAAAGAAGACUACACAUUCUAUAUCAUCAUAUUGCUCACAAUUCCAGUCAUUAUAACAGUUGCUAUUAUAGUUCUACUCCUGUACCUAAAGAGACUAAAGAUCAUAAUUUUUCCACCGAUUCCUGACCCUGGAAAAAUUUUUAAAGAAAUGUUUGGCGAGCAAAAUGACAAUACCCUGCACUGGAGGAAGUAUGACAUUCACGAAAAGCAAAUGAAAGAAGAGACUGAUUCUGUCGUGUUGAUAGAAAAUCAGAAAACAUCUUCAUAGCGGAAAUAACUAAUUUUGACCUUCCAAGUGACAAAUGUGGAGCUUUCUUCCAUUCUUCUCUGGUCAUCUUGAAGAUGGUUGAGCGUAAACUAAAAUAUUGGACCAACUUGUUGGAACAGGCAGCUCAUAUGAAAUGGAUUUCAAAGCUAACAAGCUCCCGCUCCACAGCUCUAGGCCCCAGGCUCUCUGGAGAGAAGGAAAGAAGGCAAUGCCCUCACAGUAAAAAUAGCCAGUCCUCCACCGCCCGGGAGACCUGACCCCUGGAAUUAUGCGGCUGCUCGCUUGGGUAGCCCCAGCUACAAACAGAUGAAAGACCAAAGGAUCACGGGUCGAUGUGUGUUACCAAGGAGAAAGAAAAUCCUUUUUCUGGGAUGCUUCAAAAUUCAGCCCUACCUGGAGGAGGUGGCGGCUGUGGUGGUGAAGAGGAGAGAGGAACCAGAAGGCCUCUCAAUUCCUCCUCUAAUGAACGCUUCUGCUGAGUAAGGAGAAUCAGUGCUAUUUUUUAGUGGCCCAGUAAUCCAGUCUUGCAGGGAGUGGAUCAUCCUUGGGGAUCCUCUCGUUUAAGUGCUUAGGGCAGCGCUCUGCACACAGUGAGUGCUCAAUAAAUAUGAUUGAUGAUGCCAGUGAAAAGCUGUGGUGGAGCUCCAGUGAGACGCCGCCGUGGACCGUUGAGCUGCUGCGGCUUUUCAGCUGGAAGCUCAUUUUAGUCCAGCAGAGCCAGGAGAAAUUGCCCUCUGUGGCAACUUCCAAACCUCUAUGACAGGACAACAGGUGCUGAAGCAACUGAGGUGGUGGCAUGGGAGAUCCUUGUGGCCUAAUCCAGAACAGCUUUUCUCCCCCCUCCCAGCCCCACCAUCCUUUUUCUCCCCCUGGCCUCUGCCUGUCAGCUCUUCCCUCUUCCCCUACCCCUUUAUGAUUUCCUUUCCCCAGUGGGAAAAGAACUAGCCCACCUGGAGGGCACAAAAGUGCUUCACUGGUCAUCCCGCCCCUGCCCCCUGCCACUUCCCUAUCCCCCACGCUGUCCCUUAGCCCUCUGAGGGUUGGGGUGAUUUUGUGCCUGAGGAAAAACUGCCCAUCCUUCUUGUGUCUCAAUAUUUUCACAUGUAAGUGUAAAUGUUUUGUAAAUAUUGUCUAACUAGUCUGCUGGUUGGUUUCUCUCCAUCGUGACGAAUUUGAAUAUCUGCUAUGUAGAAAACACAGUGCCUACUCCAUCUUCUUUCGCCCUUGAAGUUGACCUCAGAGGUUCUUCAUUCCAAUUGUUAGCGGUAAGGGGAGUGCCUUGUCUCAUCCAAAAGCCGAUCAGGCACAGAGCCGGGACGGUCUCUAAAGAAUGUGGAGCCUCUGGCAACUAAUGGUGCCCAGCUCGGGGUGGAGUGGCCAUGGACUGUUGAAAGAGUGGGUGUCCUCCUCCAAUAUCUCUUCCCCUGUUUCCUAAAGUGACAAGAAUCACAGGGGAAGUGCUGUCGUCUCCCGCCUCUCCCAGUGGCAUCCCUGAGCCCGGGUCCUAAGAGGCCCUGCCCUGCCCAGUGAGCAGGACUUUGAAGAUCUGUCAUUGCCCGGAGGCUCAGGCUUGGAUGAGCAGUGGUCCUGUCCCCCGUGGCAGUAGGUACCCACAGUUCUGGUGUGGGACCCAGUGGCUGGGCCUGGGGCUGUUUCCCCAGUUAACCCCACUCUGGAUGGGCACCAUCUGCUAACUGGCUGCAAGGGGUCCUUAGGUGGUGAUGUCUGAGGGAGGAAAUUCCAAGACUCGGAAAUCCAUCUCCCUCUGGAAAGCCAGUUGUGUGACUUAUUUUCAUGGACUUUCUCCCCCAGGUGAUUGGAUAACCUGUUCUUAGAACAUUAAUUCUCAUUUUGUUUAAAAACAAAGAAUGUAUCAGGUAUUGCUGAGUCGGGGCAGUAAGUACAACAGUUAUUUUUAUUUUUUUAAAUACAUUUUUGUUACGCGAUCUUGCUCCUUUUAAUUUGGGGUAAUUUUGUAACGCCUGAUUGUUGAAAGUGUGAGUAGAAUAAAUGUGGAUUGUAUUUACCUCAC